AUGGCACCACCACGGAACCCAACUUUAGAGGAGGCAACCUUCGGGCUUGGUGCUGGAGAAGUUCGAUGUCUCCUACCGGGCCUUUUGACCAUGAAGCCUGAGAUAGAUCAUGUCUAUCUUGCUACGAUUUCCGGAUACUCGGAGAAAAGCGCACGAGUUGUGUUUCAACGCGCACUGCGAAGACUUCGUCGGGCUAACCCAGAUGUCGAGCAGAAGAAGCAGGAGGUGACGGAGGAUCUGAAUGAAAUUGACAACUAG